CACACCGGCUCUCUUGUUUUUAUGUCCUACGAUGAAUUCUUCCUGCACAAAUCCACGUGCAGCAGAGCGGCGUUUGUUCUGCGUCCGGCGCCGGAUUACAUCGACUUCAGACUCUCUGACGGAGAGACGAUGCUGAUUUAAGAGGACGCGGCGGCGGUUUCCUUUUUGUAAAAUUAGACUUUAACUGCAACUUUUGGAUUACAGCGGAGACUGUGACGACUGGAUGAAGGCUACACUAAGCUAACCCCCUCCCCUCCCCCCCUCAAAUCCAAACAUGAACUCGACCUCCAACGCGAACCAAAGCGGUUCUCCUCUGUUCUGCCUGCUCGGCGCCGUAGGUUACUCGCGCACCCUGGACACCUGCGUGCUGGAGGUGGUCGUCAUCCUCUUCCUCACCGUGCUCAUCAUCGCCGGGAACCUGGUGGUGAUCUUCGUCUUCCACUGCGCGCCACUGCUGCACCACCACACCACCAGUCACUUCAUCCAGACCAUGGCGUACGCCGACCUGCUGGUGGGCGUGAGCUGCCUCGUGCCCUCGCUGUCCCUCCUCCACUACCUCCGCCGGCUGAACGAGGAGCUCACCUGUAAGGUGUUCGGCUACAUGGUGUCGGUGCUGAAGAGCGUCUCCAUGGCGUCCCUGGCGUGCAUCAGCGUGGACCGCUACAUUGCCAUCACCCGCCCGCUGUCCUACGCCACGCUGGUGACGCCGUGCCGGCUCCGGGCGUGCAUCGUCCUCAUCUGGGUUUACUCCGCCCUCAUCUUCCUGCCGUCCUUCUGCGGGUGGGGGAAGCCGGGUUACCAUGGCGACAUAUUCCAGUGGUGCGCGGACUCCUGGACGACCAGCCCGGGCUUCAGCACCUUCAUCGUCGGGCUGCUCUACGCUCCGGCGGCGCUCACCGUCUGCUUCACCUACGGGAGCAUCUUCAGGAUCUGCCGGCAGCACACGAGGGAGAUCACCCAACGCCACGCUCGCUUCAGUACGCACCUCGAGGGCGAGAAAGGCGAGCGAGGCGAGCGCUGCGAGGGCCACCCGGACAAACGCUACGCCAUGGUGCUGUUCCGCAUCACCAGCGUCUUCUACGUGCUGUGGAUGCCGUACAUCCUCUACUUCCUGCUGGAGAGCGCCGGGCUGUAUCACCACAAGGUGGCGUCCUUCCUCACCACGUGGUUAGCGAUUAGCAACAGCUUCUGUAACUGUUUGAUCUACAGCCUCUCCAACAGCGUCUUCCGGAAAGGUCUCGGCCGACUCUUCAGCCCGUUGGUUCCUUCCUGCCUCGGCUGCACGGACGCCAAAAAGACUCCGGCGCCACCCAGCCAGCGCUCGGACCCUCGCUGCCAAGUAUGAGCCCUGACGUGGUCGUGUUGUGUUGGGUUCCUUUUGGAGGCGUCGCCCUUCUGUGUGUUCGCUUUGCUCUCGGCUGCAGAAGCAUGGUAGGGUCUUUUUGGGUCCUGCAGUGAAAUGUGCUGAGCACCGGCUGCUCGGAGCGCAGAAUGGCGCCCGUGCAGACGCCUAUCGGUCGUCUCAAAAGGCUGAUUAGUGGAGGACGGAGCCUGAAGCUUUUUCUCUGUGUUUUUUGGAAAAGGAUUUGAAGGCUGCGUCUCGGAGUUAAGAAGUCCGAUAUCGAUGGAGAAAAGCGGAUUAUAGGAAUAAGAUUCAGAGGAUUUAAGCACUCCUGCCUGCACUGACUUAUAAACCCCCAGAUGCAAAAAAAGGAAAUCGCAACACGGCUUGUGUUGUGAGAUCCUCUGAAAUGCAAAUAAUAUUUUAAAUCUGUAAAAAUCUGCAAAAUGUUUUUGGUUAUUUCAGGGUAGAAUAAGGUGAUGCAACAGUCUAUUGAUCUGUUUCCCUUUAGGAAACUCCCCGAUGCUAACGAGCUGAUGAAUGAGUGAAGCACAAUCAACCUGUGUGUGUGUCUGAG